UCACUCCUAAUCGUCGUUGCGCAACGGAUAUUUCCAGAGAAGAGAUCCCUUCAGACUCUAAAAAUGGCUGUCUUCGGAUCACGAGCAAAUAUACAGGGAACAUUAAACUGUUUGUUCAAACGAACAGGAGUUGCAGAGUGUUUGGGUGCUCAGAAAUUGGUUGCCAGGUUCUCUUCACCUUCUCAAGAGUAUGACAAGCCAGCAAUUAAGACUGCAAUUCCAGGACCACGCUCACAAGAGUUGAUGGCAGAGCUGUCUCACGUACAGCUGACAAAGGGAAUGUCAUAUUUUGUUGAUUUUGAGAAGAGUUUAGGAAACUUCAUUGUUGAUGCUGAUGGCAAUGUUUUGUUAGAUGUUUUUCAACAAAUUGCUUCUGUUCCAUUAGGUUAUAAUCACCCUGCUUUGGUUAAAGCUUUACAAGAUCCAAAGAAUGUGUCAUCCUUUGUCAACCGAGCAGCCUUGGGUCUCUAUCCACCUGUCUCCUUUCUUCAAGAUUUAAAAGAUGCACUGCUAAGUGUAGCCCCACCUGGACUUCCUGAGGUAACUACAAUGGCUUGUGGAACGUGCUCAGUAGAGAAUGCCUUUAAAUUGGCUUUUAUGCAUUAUAAGGCUAAACAGCGUGGUAAUCCUGAACCCUCCUUGGAGGACCUAACAAGCUGCAUGAGAUCUCAGGCUCCUGGCACACCACCGUUAACAAUUCUUGGUUUUGAGAGAGGAUUCCAUGGUCGAACUCUGGGUGCUCUUUCUACCACUCGAUCAAAAGCAAUGGCAAGAGUAGACAUUCCUACAUUUGAUUGGCCGAAGGCGCCAUUUCCUGUCCUGAAAUAUCCACUUGCAAACUAUGAAAGAGAAAACAAAGCAGAAGAGGAAAAAUGUUUGGAAAUGGCUCGUCAAGCUAUCUUUGAUAGUAAUAAUGCAGGCAAACCAGUUGCAGGAAUAAUCGUCGAACCCAUUCAAGCUGAAGGCGAUUUUCUUUCAGGAGAUAACCAUGCAAGUGCUGACUUCUUUAAAUCUCUUCAGAGGAUCGCUAAAGAGUUUGAUGCUCUGUUUAUCGUUGAUGAAGUACAGACAGGAUGUGGAAGUACCGGUAAAUUCUGGGCACACGAACACUGGGGUCUUAUUGAACCUCCUGACAUAGUGACCUUCUCAAAAAAGAUGCUAAUCGGUGGGUUCUACCAUAGGCCAGAAAUACGAGUUCAGCAGCCACUACGUAUCUUUAACACGUGGAUGGGGGAUCAAAGCAAACUUGUUCUUUUAAAAGAAGUUGUUAAAGUGGUGCGAGAGGAAAGCUUACUUCAAAGAGUACAAGAAAGUGGCAGGGUUUUGUUGAAUGGCUUGGAACACAUGCAGGAAAAAUAUCCGGGAUUGUUUUCUCGUGCCCGUGGUGUAGGAACAUUCUGUGCAAUCGAUUGCGCCGAUGCAGAUACUAGAGCAGAAUUUCUUUCAAAGAUGAAAGCCAAUGGUGUGGAGAUGGGAGGUGGGAGUGGGGAAGUAAGCAUCCGCUUCAGACCAACAUUGACUUUUUCACAACGUCACGCAGAUAUUCUGUUUGAAGCAAUGGACAAAGUGGCUUCCCAAAUGCGAUGAUGUUGGAUGUCGUUUACUCUCGAGUGAACCAUACUUCUCUUUGAAAUUUGUUUCAAGUGCAGUGAUUUUUUUGAAGGAAAACUGUCAACGAACAAAGUUAUUUUGAUUUCCGGCAUUUUUUAAAUCUAAAUUAUGUUAUGUCGCAAUGACAUUGUAAUGAUGCUAUAUAGAAGUAAGGUUAAAAAUUCUAUUCCAUACCGCACUCUGUUAAAUGGAGGUGAAAACUAUGAUUUCGUGGCCCUUUUGUGUUAUAUUAGGAGGUUACAGACUUGGAAGGUUCAGGAAUACACCCCAGUGGCUACCUAAAUCUAAGUGCACAACUCAGAUUACCAUUCGCAAAUUUCUGACGUGUUUAUUGGCUUUGUAGUAAGUUUUGCGACGUCGUCCUAAAGUCUUAAGGGAUUUUCGUUAUCAGAAGGACAAGCAUGAAUUAAGUGACUUUGAAUUGCUCAAGCAGUAGUUUAGAAGUGGAGAAUGUUCAGCUCUUGGACUGUUUAAACAAUGCAACUGAACUCUCAUUUGAUUAAAUAGGGUAAGUUUGUAAAGAAACUGUGGUGCUGCGUCGGUGGGAGAGUAAAACAGGGUAAUUUAGUAUUAUCAACUGAGUUGAUAGCAUAAUCGGCCAUCGUGAAGAGCUUAAAAGCUGACGUUUCGAGCGUUAGUCCUUCGUUAGAGCGAUUGGAGGAAUUGUGAGUUGUGAGUGGGUCUAUAUGCAGAAAAUCGAGCUAUGCUGUUCAUGGAAUGUGGUGACAUUCCAAAAAUAAAACAAAAAUAAACUACGUGAAUGAAAGUGA